AUGCCCCUCACCACAACAGCAAACUCACCACCGUUAUACCCCGACGAACCGUUCGCAUACCCAACGCGGCUGCGGAUAAAGUCUCAUUAUGGCUACAACGUAUACCAACUCUACGCCUACCCCAAGCCACGCCCUAAGGAAACAAUCGUGCAGCUCCAAACCACGAUACCGGCUCUCGUCACACACAUCCUCGGCCGCACAUGGCACGACGAAUUGAAUGGAGAUGACUUCCUCUCCGUGCUGCAGCCAAAUUGGACGGAAAGCGACGAGCAUGACGUCGCACUGCGCAUCUUCCGCGCCGGCGGCGCCCUCCUGUCGAACGCCUUCGCAAACGGCCAAUUGUGGUUAUUCGACGACGGUUUCCGUCACUGGUAUGCCGCCGAGCAGCAAAAGAAGUACAUCUUUGGCUGGCCCGACGGCGGCGGAGUAUGGGUGUUGCAUCUCCCGCCACUGCCCCCAAUGCGCAUCGCUGGAAGAAUGUCGGGAAUGGUGUAUGAAGAUGAGAGGUGUCAACCUGGAGAUUACGGGAGAUUUCACUAUAAUAACGCAUGCGAUGGGUCUUCAUUCCACGGUAAGUAG